AUGCCUGAUAUAAUUUUUAUGAUCUUGCAGAUGGUCUAUACUACCAUUUCCACAGAAAAUUCUGGUAGACUUGGUGCUUUUGCUGGACUGGCCACAACAUCCUCGACCAUCUCUGAGGCCGUACUUCACCUUCUAUGGAAACAGCUAUCUUCAGUGGAACCUCUCAUUCAUCUUCUCCCGGAGGAUCUUAUUUACAAUCACCAAAAUUCUAAUGGUGGAUUUGAGUUGAGGUUUCUCAGGACAUUCAAGCCUUCAGAUCUGGCAAGGUUCCAUUUAUAUGCACGCAGAGUCAAAGCCAUCUGUCCAGAGAAGAAAGCAUUGAGAUCCCCAUACAAGCAUGUUUUUCAGAGCCUGUUGGCUUUGCAUGGCCGAAUCAGAUCUUUGGAUUCUCUUCUGCCAUUUCUCAGCCAUGUGGAGCUGAAACACAGGAGAGACUGCCUAAUCCAAUGUCUGGACAGGCUGCUGCAUCCAGGACUGACUACCCUGAUACUUCCGCCUCAUAUGCUCUUUCCUCCCAACAUCCAGAAUUUAUUGCCGCAUCUGCAAAAUCUGGUCUACAUUGCCAACUCAUCUGAGACCAGGACUGUUUUAAAUUCCCUUUCCCAUAGCCUCCCUAUCCGGCAUCUUACCUUGUCUUAUGUGGAACCCACCGUGAUGACCUCCAUAGCAUCUUUAUGCCAGCUCACUGUUCUAACCCUUGUCAUCAUCCCUGGAUCAUCAUCCAUGAAGCAGACCUCUCACAUUCCAAAUCAUCACAUCCGCACCAAGGUUCUCAGCAUCCAGGUAGAACCUGAUGAGCGUCCUCCAACAUUUGAUCAUCCAAUGGCCACAUCCACCGACAUAGGAUUUCCAGCCAUUAUAUCUCUGUUCUCUAAUCACCCCAUCACCAUGCAAGGACUGAGUAUCAAUGUACACCAGGAAUACUGCUCAGCAGAUGCUGUCCUGCAUUUCUUUGAUGCUCUUAUAUCUCUCAGGCCAACUGAUGAUGAUGAGGAUGCAUUGCCAGCUUGGGAGGAUCUGAUUCCAAGUGAUGGCUUGGCUGCUUUGCAUGUCCUGGUCUAUUUGACUGCUCUGGAGCUGGGGGACUUGGGCACUUGUAGGAUUGAUGACAAUGCCUUGCUGAAUUUGGCCCUUAGUUUACCGUAUCUUCAACAUCUCUUCUUGGGCACAAGGCAAUUUUGGGAAGAAGCUCCAAGGGCCACUCUAUGGGGGAUCUCGCACAUCCUGUCCUACUGUCAUGGUUUGCAGAAGCUGGGUCUGCUGUUCUACUGUGGCUUGGGACAACAUCUUCUUGAAUCUGCUGCUAGAAACACCCUCAUCACAACACUACAUGUUGGAUUCUCUCCACCACACAGUUCUGUUACUGUAGCAGCAUUUUUUGCUCAUUCUCUGCCCAACCUGAACUCCAUCAUGGUGGAGCCUAGAGAAUCUCAUAGCAAACAUGCUCACAGCCGUACAGAUCUGACUCUUCCUGAUCGUGAUGCCAGGAUUCAGGAAUGGGACAGGAUUUUAGAGUUGACCAGAGAGUUUGUGGAACUUUGA